AUGGUGACUCUCAGUACACUCGCCAGAGCGGUCAGCAUUCCCGCCCUUGCCGGCUGGAACAUUGUCUCGACCAUCACCUUUGAUGGCGAAGCCGGCAAGUCGGUAGACCAAUCCACGUGGGAGGUCAUAACCAACAUCCACGUCAACAACGAGGUUCAGGAGUACACCACCUCGCCGGACAACGCUCACCUCUCCGGCAACGGCACCCUGCUCAUCAUCCCGCUCAAGUCCGAGACGGGCCAGUGGACGUCGGCCCGCCUCGGGUCCAAGCAGUCGUUCACGCCCGAGGACGGCAAGACGACGCGGUACCAGUCCGAGCUCCGCUUCGGCGACUCCCCCCAGGACAAGCAGCAGGGCAUCUGGCCCGCCUUCUGGAUGCUCGGCCAGUCCUCCCGCGAGGGGACGCCGUGGCCCGAGUGCGGCGAGCUCGACAUCAUGGAGCGCAAGAACGGCGAGCCCACCGGCCACGGCACCCCGCACUGCGGCACCGGCGACUCCUGCGGCGGGCUCACCAAGAGCGUGCCCCUGGACGGCAACGGCUGGCAUACCUGGGCCAUCGAGAUCGAUCGGACAAACAAGAACUGGGCGGACCAGACCAUCUCCUGGUUCCUGGACGACAACAAGUAUAACAGCAUCAAGGGCUCCGAUGUUCAGGACGAGGACACCUGGAAGGCCAUUGCGCACUCGCCGAUGUAUUUCAUUCUGAACAUCGCUGUCGGUGGUGACUGGCCUGGAAAGCCCAACGACCAGACAGCCGAUGGCAUGGACAACAUGAUGGAGGUCAAGUAUAUCGCUAUAUACUCGAAGUAG